GGAGAGGAAAGGAGAGGAGGGGGGUCGAAAACUAGAGGAGAGCGAAGGAAGCGAGGCGCGACACUGCUCGGGGAGAAGAGGGCAGUGAGGAGCGCGGCGCGGGCACAGGCAGCUCGGGCUGCGGAGAGGAGGGAGCGCAGCGCGGAGAGGAGGGGCUUGCGGCCCCGUAGAAAUGUCAAUCAGAGCCCGGAGCCCCGGGAAUCUCCGCCAAUCUGUUCGGACCUGACCUGGCUUCUCGCCGCCGCCGCCACCGCCGCCGCGGAGCAGAUCAAUAGGCGACCGCGGAGCGCAGCAGCGCGGGAGGCAGCGCGGCCCCAGCUCGGCCCAGUCCCCGAUGCACACCGGAGCCCGCGGGCGGCGCUGAGUAGGGCGGCCCCGGAGACUGGGCCCCCUCUCCGUCGGUGCCCCGCGGGCCACCAUGUCCUUCCCCCAGCUUGGAUACCAGUACAUCCGCCCGCUCUACCCAACCGAGCGCCCUGGAGCCGCAGGCGGCGGCGGCAGCGCCGGGGCCCGGGGCGGACCGGGCUCCGGAGCCUCGGAACUGGCCGCCUCCGGGUCCUUAUCUAAUGUGCUCUCGUCGGUGUACGGGGCGCCCUACGCCGCGGCCGCAGCGGCCGCCGCCGCCGCCCAGGGCUACGGCGCCUUUCUGCCCUAUGCCGCGGAACUGCCCAUCUUCCCGCAGCUGGGAACCCAGUAUGAACUGAAGGACAGCCCUGGGGUGCAGCACCCGGCCGCAGCCGCCGCGUUUCCGCACCCGCACCCCGCCUUCUACCCAUACGGCCAGUACCAGUUCGGGGACCCAUCCCGUCCCAAGAACGCCACCCGGGAGAGCACUAGCACGCUCAAGGCCUGGCUCAACGAGCACCGCAAGAACCCCUACCCCACCAAGGGCGAGAAGAUCAUGCUGGCCAUCAUCACCAAGAUGACGCUCACCCAGGUGUCCACCUGGUUUGCCAACGCGCGCCGGCGCCUGAAGAAGGAGAACAAGAUGACAUGGGCGCCCCGCAGCCGCACGGACGAGGAGGGCAAUGCUUACGGCAGUGAGCGGGAGGAGGAAGACGAAGAAGAAGACGAGGAGGACGGCAAACGCGAGCUGGAGUUGGAGGAGGAGGAGCUCGUGGGGGAGGAGGAGGACACCGGGGGCGAGGGCCUGGCAGACGACGAAGAGGACGAGGAGAUCGAUUUGGAGAACUUAGACAGCGCGGCUGCCGGGUCUGAGCUAACCCUGGCUGGGGCGACGCGCAGGGACGGCAACCUCGGCCUGGGACCCAUUUCGGACCCCAAAAAUAGCGACUCGGAAGAAAGCUCCGAAAGCUUGGAGGAACGGCCACUGCCGGUCCUGAGCCUGGCCCCAGCGCCACCGCCAGUAGCUACGGCUCCGCCAUCUCCACUCUCGCCCCCCACUGGCCUGGACCCCUGCGCCCCGGCACCAGCGCCCUCCUCCUCCCUGCAGAAACCCAAGAUCUGGUCGCUGGCCGAGACGGCCACAAGCCCGGACAACCCGCGCCGCUCGCCUCCCGGAGCGGGAGGGUCUCCUCCUGGGGCAGCCGUCGCGCCCCCGGCCCUGCAGCUCUCUCCUGCGGCGGCCGCUGCAGCAGCCGCGGCUCACAGACUCGUCUCGGCGCCACUUGGCAAAUUCCCGGCUUGGACCAACCGGCCGUUCCCAGGCCCGCCGCCUGGCCCUCGCCCACACCCGCUCUCCUUGCUCGGUUCGGCCCCUCAGCACCUGCUGGGACUUCCCGGAGCCGCGGGCCACCAGGCUACCGCCGCCUACGCUCGGCCCGCGGAGCCUGAGGGCGGAACAGAUCGCUGUAGUGCCUUGGAAGUGGAGAAAAAGUUGCUCAAGACAGCUUUCCAGCCGGUGCCCAGGCGGCCCCAGAGCCACCUGGACGCUGCUCUUGUCUUAUCAGCUCUCUCCUCAUCCUAGUUGUUUUUGAAACAGUUUUUAAAUCGUUGUAAUAAUUGUAAAAACAAAUCGCUGUGUAUAGUUAUGACUUGUAAGCAUGACCGUGUAUGAAGACCUAAAAAAGAAAACUAAACAAAAAGAAAG